GAUGCUGGGGCCAGCCUGGCCGUGGUAUGGCUGCCGAUGGCCAGAGUAUUAAACCAGGUAUCAUAAAUGCUAUAUUCUGAUCCAAGUAAAUGCAGGCCUAUCCUCUCUGGCUUGACGGGAGAAAAAGUAAAAGGAUGAACGGUGGAAGGUUAAACAGCAUUGAGUACAGCGAAACUACCAUUCCAUCUCCCCAGUCCGCACCUAAAGCUAUUCAAUGCACGGGGCCCUUGGAUCCGUAAAAGCAACUCUCAGCCCGUCUACUGGGCUCGUCCUGACCUUACUUCCCUCCCUUGUCUCCAUGGCUUACAUAAACUCCUCCGCUCCCAACCAUUUUCAACUUCUUUCUUCAGCCAUCUCCCUCUUCGCCAUCGUGAUGGGAGCCUUAGCUUUGUCGUCUCGUGUCUCUUCAUUCAGCCUGAGCCACGGCGUCGUUGCCUUCCCCACUUCGACAGGGACCACCCGCCACCCGUUGCUCGGCUUCUCCCACCGCCCCCAUUUAAAAUGCUUCGCUGCUGCUCUCUCUUCCUCCGUCUCAGGUAAGCAGCUUAGCUCGCUACCGUUAGAGAAACCAUCUAAUUCAAUUUGUUAUUUAGUCCCGACAGUGGAGAAGGAGGAGCUGGCGAGGUUCGCAUACGCCGUCGAGAUGGGGAGCAACCUGGUCCCGCUCUACCGUUGCAUUUUCUGUGAUCACCUAACCCCCAUACUAGCUUACCGUUGCCUCGUCGAGGAGGACGACACCGAGUCCCCUAGCUUCCUCUUCGAGUCCGUUGAGCAGGGUUUGACGGGAAGCAGCGUCGGCCGGUAUAGUGUUCUUGGAGCUAACCCGGUUAUGGAGAUUAUUUCCAAGGAAAACAUGGUUUCGAUUGUGGACCGCAUGCAAGGUCUGAGGACUGAAGAAUUUGUGGAUGACCCAAUGAUUAUUCCACGGAGGAUUAUGGAGGGAUGGAGUCCACUAUUCAUGGAGGAGCUCCCCGAUGUCUUUUGCGGUGGAUGGCUGGGUUAUUUCUCAUAUGACACCAUGCGAUAUGUUGAGAGGAGAAGGCUUCCAUUUUCGAGCGCUCCAAAGGAUGAUAGGAACCUCCCUGACAUCAACUUAGGUUUAUAUAAUGAUGUGAUAGUGUUUGAUCAUGUCGAGAAGAAAGCUUAUGUGAUUCAUUGGGUGCAUUUGCGUCACUACUCUUCUAUUGAGGAUGCUUAUCAGAAUGGCAGAAAUAGAUUGGAAGCUAUGUUGUCACGAUUACAGAAUAUGGAACUUCCAAGGUUGUCUACUGGAUCAGUCAAAUUUCAUACUAGCCACUUUGGCGCUCCAUUGAAAAGAUCAACAAUCACCGCAGAAGAAUACAAGCAGGCUGUUUUGCAAGCAAAAGAACACAUUUUUGCGGGUGACAUUUUUCAGGUUGUUUUAAGCCAAAGAUUUGAAAGACGUACAUUUGCGACUCCCUUUGAAGUUUAUCGAGCAUUAAGAAUAGUAAAUCCAAGUCCAUAUAUGGCUUAUGUACAAGCAAGGGGAUGUAUACUUGUAGCAUCAAGCCCUGAAAUCCUCACACGUGUAAAGAAGAGGAAGAUUGUUAACCGGCCCCUUGCUGGAACUGUUAGAAGAGGAAUGUCAGAGAAAGCGGAUAAGAUGCAAGAACAGCUGCUAUUGAUAGAUGAGAAAGAACGUGCUGAACACAUAAUGCUUGUAGAUUUAGGACGGAAUGAUGUUGGAAAGGUCUCAAAAUUUGGUUCAGUUAAAGUGGAUAAACUGAUGAACAUUGAAAGAUAUUCUCAUGUGAUGCAUAUCAGCUCAACGAUUAGUGGAGAAUUGUUUGAUCAUCUUAACAGCUGGGAUGCUUUAAGAGCUGCAUUGCCAGUGGGAACAGUCAGCGGGGCUCCGAAGGUGAGAGCCAUGGAACUUAUUGAUAAAUUGGAGGUCAGACGACGAGGCCCUUAUAGCGGUGGGUUUGGUGGGAUAUCAUUUAAUGGGGACAUGGACAUUGCUCUUGCUCUCAGGACCAUGGUCUUUCCAACUGCUAAUCGCUACAACAGCAGGUAUUCAUUCAAUAACUUGAAUUGGCGGCAGGAAUGGGUGGCUGACCUCCAGGCUGGAGCUGGGAUUGUGGCAGAUAGCAAUCCUGAUGAAGAGCAGAGAGAGUGCGAGAAUAAGGUUGCAGCUCUUGCCUUUGCUAUUGAUCUUGCAGAAAACACGUUUGUGAAGUUAUAGGUUAUCACAUAACAACAGAGGUUUCCAAAAUCAAACUUUGAGGAGUUGGAAGCAGAAGGGUCCAAAAUCAAACUCUCACAGAUCUGGUGAACUUCUAUAUUGUUAGAACACUGGCUUUCCAUGCUAUAGAAAAAUUGGUCGUGUUUAAUGUAGAAAAUUUUGAUAAAUAAGAAUUUCUAGGAGUUUUUUAUACUGCUUAGCAUAGGCAUCACGAUUUAUUGGUUCUUGAAUUUUGAAAUAUUAUUUAAAUUAUUUAGGGUUUAUUUUUAUUGAGUUUGUGGUGUAAUCAAGCUUUAAUUGACUUUUACUAAUUAUAUGAUUGAAAUUAAUGAUUUA